CCGCGUGACCCAAUCAAAUAGUAGUAGUACUACUUAAUUAGAAACUUUGUUUUUGUCUCUCCACUCUUCAUCUUCUUCCUUCUCUGAGAAGCUGAAGGUUGAAAUACUGAAGAGCGAACAAAACCUCUUGUGUGGAGGGAAGUGGUUCUUGUUUCAUUUUAGGCUGGAAGGAUGAAGAUGGAAGUACCUCCUUCAACAGUUUUGUUUACUAAUGAUGAUACGAAGAACCUGGAGCAGUUGCUUGAUGUCUUUGGAUCUGUUGUCUCUCUCAAUGACAUUGCUGCAGCUUACUGUAAAGCAGGUCGGGAUCCAACUAUUACAGGUCAUAUACUUGUUGGAGAUCUGCAAGGUAGCACCUCUGGAGCUAGUACCUCGGCAUCAGAAGAAAAAAUAGGGGAUUCUGUGACACUGACUUCUGAAUCUGAAUUUGAGGAAGUAGGGGAUUCUGUGAUAUUAACUUCUGAAUCUGUAUCUGAGGUUGAUGCCAAGAGAGCUGGUCCCAGUUCAUCAAAGCAAAAAAAGUUAUCAGUGUCAAUGGGGACUGUCUCAAGCAUGAUCCCAAAAGACUAUAUGACGAAUAGGCCACAUAUUACAGAAACUUCUACGAGAAUCAAGCCAUUGAAAGUAAAUGUGGAUGAUUUUUUUACCCCAGAGCUAAGGGAUGAGAAAGCUCCAUUAGGCGCUGCAGCUAUGAGUGAAACCCUGCCCAGCAGUGUAGAGGAGUUCCUCUUCAAAAUGCUCGGAAGUGAAUUCUCUCUUGACAUGAGUGUUAUAAAAGAUGUUGUGGACCAAUGCGGCUAUGAUCUGAACAAGAGUAUGGAUAAGCUGCUAGAUAUGUCAGCAUCAACUUUGGGAAAGAGUGAUGACAUUUUAAACAUAGAUGUCGAGAAAUCUGUGGAGAGUCCAGAUUUUGCAUCAGUUGCAUCGCAAGAGACACCUUCAAUGUUAGAUCCAACUGUCUGUUCCAAAGCAAAUAAUAAGACUAAAAAUAGGCUCAGCCUAUCUAAGAGGGAGCAGGACAGGUAUGAGCUUCAAAAGGAAGUUCUGCAGGCAUUGUUUGAUGGACCUGCAAGACAUGAUGAUGUGGCUGAAGUGAUUCGUCCGUUGAGGGAAGUUGGGAAGUCUAGGCGAUCAAGUUACAUUGUAGAGAAACCAUUACAGGACACGUUACAUCAACAGAUUCUUAUCAGAACGCCCCAAAGUGAUGCAAAAAAUGGUGAGGAUAAUGAAGAAAGCUACGAAGUUCUUCGGAAAGCUGUAAAGGAGUACUGGAUAACAAUGAAAGAGUACUAUAAAGCGGCUUCUGAAGCAUUUUUCAGAGGAGAUAUUGACAAGGCACGCAAAUUCCUGGAAGAGGGACAAUUUUUCAUGACGAAGGCGCGAGAGACUGAUGAACUAUCCUCUCAAAAGCUUCUUGAAAACAGUUACAGCAAAGAAAUUGUGACGGUCGACCUUCACGAUUUGGAGCCAAAGGAUGCAGUGCGCGUGCUCAAACUUCAGUUGACUUCUCUUUGUGGUUUCUCGUCUAUUGAAUAUCUCAAAAUCUUAGUUGGGAUGACUGCCGAAGAUGCCAAAGGUCCCCGGAAGCGUCUGGUACUUAAAUUUUUGGAGAGGGACUCCAUAGCUUGGACGGAAGAAGAAGACGGCACUGCGAUUGUGAUAAGAGCGGAUGAGAUCGAUCCGAGGAAAAUGACUUUUGCUAAAAAAUCAACUAGCAGAAAUCGAUAAGUACAUCACUGAAGAGAUAAUUGAUGUACCUGCGAGCUCUGUAUGAACUUGGAUCUUGUGAAAUGCUUCUGCAUUUUUUCAUGCAACAAGGAACUUUUUGUCCCUUUUUGCUGACAAAAGGACUUAUAUUUGAUCCUUUAGUUUUCCUUCUUAUUUCAGUGAAAAAGUCUUGCUUAGGCACCGAUUUACUUGGUAAUGACUAAUACUUUGCAAAUUGAUUUGAGAA